UUCACAAUAACGUCUUUGCGAGCGGGAGAGAGGUUGGCGCGAACUGUCAAGCUGUGUUCCAAAUACGACCGCACUGACAGGGAGCAGGCACGCAGGACUUUCUGUCAUAAUCUUUUUUUGGCACCGUGAUUUAUUCACAAGAGGCAUUCUCUUCUGUAUACUACGAACUACACAACACUCCCAAAUCGAGGACAACACCGGCGUCGCAGUGUUGUUUGAGGGCACGGAACUGAGGCAACAACUUCACGGAGACAACUUCGCACGCUUCACCAAAUAGUGCCGCUCUCCUCCGCCAGUGAUCUUGCUAUGGCAUCUGUUCUUGGAAACAACACCCGCGCCUCCGGAACACCGAAUACCCAAGUGAAAUGCAAGUUCAAACGGCGAAGGAGACGGAGGUCGAAAAGAAAAGAGCGCGUCGGCAGCACACUGUCAGCAUUGAUCGUCCCCUUCAAGUACAUGAGCCCAGGGACCGCCAGCACUGAGGACGAGGACAAUUUAAGCACGAGUAGUGCAGAAGUCAAGGAGAACCGUAACGUGGGGAACCUCGAGGACCGCGUGAUUGGCUCAUCCGAGCGUCAGUCUUCUCUGUUCCCGACGGAGCGCCGGCCGUCCAGAGGAGGCGCUAGCGGGCUGAAGAGGAAGCGGCCGCUGGAGGAGGAGAACCACUGUGUGGGCCGCCUGUGUCGCCCGCGGCCCGUCUACCCGCGCCGGCCCACCUGCUCCUGGUCCGACGCCCCCAAGAACGCGCUGGUGCAGCUCAACGAGCUCCGGCCCGGGCUGCAGUACCGCCUGGUGUCGCAGACGGGCCCCGUGCACGCGCCGCUCUUCGCCAUCGCCGUGGAGGUGAACGGCCUGAGCUUCGAGGGCACGGGCCCCACCAAGAAGAAGGCCAAGAUGCGCGCGGCCGAGCUGGCGCUGCACUCCUUCGUCCAGUUUCCCAACACCCCGCAGGCCCACAACGCCAUGGGCGCCCACGGCUGCCCGCCCACGGACUUUACCUCAGACCAGACGCCGGACUCGCCCGACCCUCUCUUCCGAGGGUUCGAGCCCGCGGCGGUUCACGGCGUGUCCACCAGCGAGGGUCUGUCUCUGUGCCGGUCGGUGGCCGAGAGCGAGCUCCUCAUCUCGGAGGCGCUCCAGAGACGAGCUGGUGCCGGGCGGCUACUGUGGCACACGCUUGACCUCAUGGUGCAGGCCAGGCAACGCUUCGGACCUUACACAUCCUCCACCACCACCAACACCACCACCACCACCACCACCACCUCCGAUCCACAGAAGAGCCCGGUAGCCCUGCUCGGAGAGCUGAGGCCGGGCCUGCGUUACUCCUGCUUGCUGGAGCGAACAGACCCACCCAUCGGCGGCAGCUUCGUCAUGGCCCUGCGCGUGGACGGCCGCGUGUUCGAGGGCAGCGGGCGCAGCAAGAAGCUGGCCAAGAACCAGGCGGCGCGCUGUGCCCUGCAGGCCCUCUUCAACAUCAGGCUGGCACCUGACGGGAGAGGGAGAGCGGCAGCAGCGGCGGUGGCGGCGGCGGGCAGAGCGGGAGUGGGCGCGGGAGCGGGCGCAGGCAUCCAGCCCAGCAGGAAUAAGUGCCCUCAUUUGCCCCAGGACUUUGCAGACGCAAUAUUCCACUUGGUGAGGGAGAAAUAUCGAGAGCUGGCGGGCGUGUCCACCUCCCCCCUGCAUGCGCGUCACAAAGGGCUGGCAGGCAUCGUAAUGACCAGAGGUUUGGACCUUCGACAGGCCCAAGUGGUGGCACUAUCAACUGGCACCAAGUGCAUCAAUGGGGAGUACAUGAGUGACCAAGGCCUGGUGGUCAACGACUGUCACGCAGAAAUCAUCACCCGCCGCGCCUUCAUCAGCUUCCUCUACUCACAGCUGGAGCUGUAUGACAGCCACAGGAAAGAGGACUGGGAGAGCUCGAUCUUCGUGCGGCACAAGCAGGCGGGCUUUCGGCUCCGAGCGGACGUCUUCUUCCACAUGUACAUCAGCACCUCGCCCUGUGGGGACGCCCGCAUCAACUCCCCUUACGAGAGCAGCAGCAGCCACUUGCCCGGCGGGAGGCCCCUGGUGAAGCGGCUGCACACGCACCUGAGGACCAAGAUCGAGGCUGGGGAGGGCACAUUGCCCGUGAGGUCACGGGCCCCUGUGCAGACGUGGGACGGAGUGCUGCAGGGGGAGAGGCUGAUCACCAUGUCCUGCACCGACAAGAUCACCAGGUGGAACGUGCUGGGUCUACAGGGGGCGCUGCUGAGUCGUCUGGUGGAGCCACUGUACCUGCACAGCCUGACGGUGGGCAGCCUGCGGCACACGGGCCACUUUUCCCGCGUGCUGAGUCAGAGGCUGGAGCGCCUGGGAGCCCUGCCUGCACCCUACCGUCGCAAUCAGCCCCUUCUCAGCGGUGUGAGCAGCAGCGAGUGUCGGCCGGCGGGGAAGUCUCCGUGCGUCAGCGUGAACUGGUCGGCAGGCGAUGUGCAUCUGGAGGUCCUCAACGCCUCCACGGGCAAGAGGAAGGACUCCGGGGCGCCCUCGCGACUCUGCAAGCACGCACUCUUCACGCGCUGGGCCAGGCUCUGCCGGAGGUUAAAUGUCCGCACGGCAUCAGCGCUGCCCAGAGGUCACGACGGUGGCGAGUCUCAGUCCGAGGUGCUGUACGGCGAGGCCAAACGGGCGGCGGCCCGCUACCAGACUGUCAAGCAGCGCUGGUUCCGCUCGCUACAGGAGACGGGCCUGGGCACCUGGGUGCGAAAGCCGCCCGAACAGGAUCAGUUCCUGCCUGGAGUCUGAGUCUGGUGAA